CCCGAAACAUGAAGCAACUGUCCCUCUCCCUCGUCGCCAUUUUCCUGACCCUAGAUGCGGUCAUAAGUAUGCCUGACUUCGUGAAGCCAGGUCCAUGCCCUAAUGUGAACAAAGCAGUGCUGUGGGAACGACAACAAAGAAACCACUGGCAGAUGGGCGGAGACUGGUACCAGCAUUCUAGCUCGCCCAAUCCCUUCGAUCCGUUCGCGAAAUGUGUUCUGUGGAAACUCCAAUACAUUGGAGGAGCUUUCCGAACGGAGUCGACAGGCCUCGAUGCAAAUGGGGCCGCAAAGAAGACGCAGGGGUCACUUUUCUACGAUCUACCUGGAAAGCAACUUGAAGUCACUCAUGAGGGAGCUCCGCCAGCACCACUGGUUGUACUCGACACCGACUACAAAAACUACGGUUGCUUCUACUCCUGCAAGGAUACCCAGAGGAAAUUUUAUGCUGACAUUGGCUUCAUCUUCUCUCGAACUCCCAAUAUGGAUCCUAAUCACGUCAGAAUUUGCCACGAAGCCUUCAACAAAAUUGGCGUCGAUGCCACGGCUUUCGUAAAGACUCCCCAAGGGGAUGGUUGCUCCUACGACAACAAACAAGUCGAGGUCGUCUGAAAGUUUUUUUUUUUUUUCCUUUUAACCUCUUGGGGGUUGGAUUACCAAUGGGUAUUUUCUUUUAUUUUGUGGUCGUGCGUAAUGCAACCAAUUCUUAAGACCUGAAAC